UUUCAGACAGCAAUAAUGAAGGACAAAAUUCCUAAACCUCGCUUCAUUGAACGAUGAAGUCUAGACUUGUACUUCGCGUAUGCUGAAUGAAGCUGGAGACAAAUGAUGUCAGGAAGAAGCGCAGUUCACAAUGUAAUGUGGAAGUACUGAGCAGUGGAGAGGGGAAAGACUUCCCGGAUCGACCCCUGGUUGCCGCAAGUGGCCCCCUGGACUCAGCCACUCGGGGCGCUUUCUUAUGCAACGUGCUAAAAACCGGCAUUAUCAUAUCAACUCAUUCAGCUUUUCGCGAUAAGUAUCUGGAAGUUGAUCAGCGUAGCGUAAAACUUCACCAGUCAUUGGCAGUUUGGGAUAUCGCAUCUCCACCCGUGACCCAGGAACCUGACAAUCUGGUACAGAAAACGGCAAUACCCCUCGCUAACCUCAAGUGCAUUCAAUGGUACCCCAUCUUCGGGAAUAAACACGCCAUCAUCAACUGCAGGACUGUUGGUGAAUAUCCACACCCGCAUCCAAUUCCACCACGUGGGAGCAACCUCAAACCCCCAGGGAAUAAGCAUGGAUGUAUUCCUCAACCACCAUAGCCCGGAUCACCAGGCUCUCCCUCUCCCUCCUCCUUAGCUUAUCCGUCCUCUUCGUCCUCCUGCCCACCAUGUUCCCCCCCACCUCACUAAAGAGCAUCCCCAUCCUGCUCGGCUUCCUAACCACAUCAUCGUCAUCAUCAGCAGGACAAGCCGCAGCCGUCGAAGUAGACCUGCGCUGGCAUGCCCCUUCCCAAACACAGUUUAAUGAUUUAGCUACGGCCCUCAAC